AUUUCCCCUACACCCCAUUCGAACUCCCAAGAUAAGAGAGAAAGAGGGAGCCACAUAUUCCAAGGGAGAAGAGAAGAGAGAAGCUGGCCGCAGGAUUCGUUUUCCAGCAGAUAGGGUCUCUUGUUUGAUCCAUAACUUGAUCUUCACUCGUCCAAAUAAGGCGUAUGAUAUACCAAAAGAAAGCUCUCAAGACGAGGAAUCUGUGAAGGCCUGGUUUGCAGGAAUCGGAGUUGUGGAAGGCUUCCAAAUCGUCCGAGAAAAACGCAACCUCGCAGGAGAGGAUUUAAUCUUCUAAAGAAUCGAGUUAGCCGGAAAACACCCGUUCUAGGGUCUGUUUUCGUAUCAACGAUUAAGGGUUGAACUAGCACUUUGAGGAGGCUGUUUAACACUCAUAUUUGAGCAAGGAAUCAGUCCCAAAUCCACCUUGACCAAAGAUUUGACCAUUGGACCAAGAAGGGAAAGUUUAAAGCUCAAUUGAGGUUGAGGCUAGAGCUUGCUUCCUGUGCUCGUUGCUCGAGAGAUCAUCUAGGAGCGAAGACUUGAGAUGGACCGUGGUGGCAGGAUUACUAGGAGAAACCCGACGGGCCGUGUACCAGUGGAGACUGGACAGGGCAGUCGAAGGACCUCUAGGGCAUCUAGAGGAGCUGGCCGUGGAGGCCGAUCACAGACCGUGAGUGACGGUCAUGUUGACACGGAAAGUGAGACCUACUGGUCCUAUGAGGACUCGACUUACCAACCGGAGACAGAGCCGGUUGAGACCCCUUAUGAAGGGGAUGAUGACGAUGUAAGUGAUGAGGAGGAAAAUGGCUCCUUAGCACGGAUCGAAGCACUACUCCAACAAUACCACAGGGAGCGUGAAGAGAGGAGGCAACGCCGAAGACGCCGAGCGGGGCAACCUUCGGGCAUGGCUUCAAGAGGAGGAAGUCAUGGUGCAUCUAGAGUCCAUGUGGAACCACAUGGAGGCCAAAAUGAUGGAGGUCCAACCAUAAGGAUCUCCAAAUUUAUCAAAGAAGCAAGGGAUUUGGGGUGCAAACCCUUUGAUGGAGCAGGGGACAUUUCAGUUGCAGCACAAUGGAUCAAGAGGCUAAAUGAAGCAGCCCUUGACAUGCAAAUCGCGCCAAAUCUCAAACUGAGAAUUGCGGUAAGAUUGCUCGAGGGGAUGGCAUCCAAGUGGUGGGAUGGAACCAAGAGCAAGUACGGUGAGACCGUCGUUUGGGAGGACUUCCAACGGGAGUUCUUUGCCCAAUAUUAUUCUGAUUUUGAGGUGAACAAGAAGGUGAGGGAAUACACCCUCCUAACCCAAGGAGGUAACAUGACAGUGAAGGAACUUGAGUACAAGUUCCGGGAUCUCGCCGACUACAUACCGGAGUAUGCUUGUGACGAGAACCGAAUGGUAAACCACUUUUGGGAUGCUCUUGACUUGGAGAUCCGUGAUAGGGCAACACAAUUGCCUAACAUGACUUUCGCCCAAGUGGUUGACCAAGCGUUGAAGGGGGAGAAACAGUGGGAGGAGAGGAAGAAGAGAGACGCCGAGGAGGCGAAAAAGAGAAAAUGGGAGAGUCAUGGCUCCCAAGGUUCCAACAAAAAGGGGAACCAUGGAGGAGGAUCUUUCCGUGCACCGCCACCACCGUCUAGGGGGAAUCAAGGCCCGAGUGGGCAAGGCUCGAGGUCACAAACCUCGGUGGUAACUCGUUGCAACAAUUGCAAGAGGAACCACUCCGGUAAAUGUCGCGACCCCCCUAGAUGUUUUCAAUGUGGGGAUGCCGGGCAUUUGAAGGCGCAUUGCCCACAAUUGGGUGGGACAAGGACAUCGGGACCGAGCAGUGGCCCGACGGGUACACAGAAUCAAACCGGAGCGUCUCAAGCGAGCCGGGGACAUGGGGGAGCGAGUACGAGCAACGCACCAUCCGUGAAUCAAGGAAAAACUCAAGCUAUAGUUUAUGCGAUGACGGAGGCGGAUGCUCGAGCUAACCCGGACUCGGUUGCAGGUAUUGCCCCUUGCACAAUUGUAUUUUGCCCAUAUUUAAUCCAUAAAUUGAUGACAUAAGUCAUAGGGAUUGAGUGCGAGCCAUUACGGGGUCAAACGGCGAAAUUCGGGCCAAAACUGACCAAAAACAGGGACGCACGAUCGUGCGUCCAACCCCACGCACGAUCGUGCAUAGGGGGCAGGGGCUCCGGGUGAUUUUCGCGCAGGACGCACGACCGUGCGUGCCGGUACGCACGCCGUGCGUGGACGCACGAUCGUGCGUGUCCGGGUACGCACGACCGUGCGUAACCGGCAGUAGCCGGAGGCGAGCCUUUUCAUGCACGCACGACCGUGCGUGUCCCACGCACGACCGUGCGUGGACCCCAGCCGCCCGAAACCUAAGUUUUCCAUCUCGUUCUUCUACGAUUGGACCCCCGUUUGAUUCCGAACAUUUAUAUGAACCUAUUAACCUCCUAAAAAGUGUCCUAAACCAUCAGAAAGGGUAUCUUACGUGGUGUAUAAAUGUAGGAACAUUAAAGAUUAAUGGGAAGGAUGCACGAAUUCUUAUCGAUACCGGAGCGCAACGUUCGUUCGUGAGUGAGACGUUCGCCGAGGACUUAGGGGUACAAUCAAUACCAUUGACGCACACAUUAGUGGUAUCAACACCACUAGGGGAUGACGUUGAAAGAACGAGUUACUAUCCAUCUUGUGAGGUGGAAAUUGAUGGCCAAACCUUGACGUGUGAUUUCGUACCGCUGAGUAUGAUGGAGUUCGAUGCAAUCCUAGGGAUGGAUUGGCUAGAAAAGCAUCAUGCUAGGGUAGAUUGCUACACAAAGGUUUUCGAACUCGAAGGCAAUAAUGGGGACACCCUACGCUUCGAGGGGGAUCGAGGCAAAUCAAACAGUUGUAUUAUCUCCGCCGUGAGAGCGAGAAGUAUGAUGAGAAAGGGAUGCCACGCAUAUCUAGCAUACGUGGUUGACAAAACCAAGGAGGAAAUGAACAUUGACGACGUGAGGGUGGUUUGUAAGUACCCGGAUGUCUUUCCUAAAGACCUACCGGGGCUUCCACCUGAUAGGGAGAUUGAAUUUGUGAUCGAGGUCGAGCCUGGUACCAAACCAAUCUCCAUACCGCCAUACCGUAUGGCACCCGCUGAACUUAACGAGUUGAAAACCCAAUUGCAGGAGCUUUUGGAUAAUGGUUUCAUUAGACCCAGCCACUCCCCGUGGGGAGCACCAGUUCUUUUUGUGAAAAAGAAAGAUGGGACACUCCGAAUGUGCAUUGACUAUCGUCAACUGAACAAGGUCACAAUCAAGAAUAGGUAUCCUUUGCCUAGGAUUGAUGACUUAUUUGACCAACUACGAGGAGCAACCGUGUUUUCAAAGAUUGACUUGAGGUCGGGGUACCACCAACUGAAGAUUAAGGAAGAUGACAUACCAAAGAGUGCUUUCCGCACAAGGUAUGGGCAUUUUGAAUUCCUUGUUAUGUCAUUUGGGUUAACAAAUGCCCCGGCGGCAUUCAUGGACUUGAUGAACCGAGUAUUUCAUAAAUACUUGGACCGAUUCGUGAUUGUGUUCAUAGAUGACAUCUUGAUUUACUCAAAGAGUGAAGAAGAGCAUGAAAAGCACUUGAUACUUGUUCUUGAGACACUACGGGAGAAGCAACUCUAUGCCAAAUUUUCUAAAUGUGAAUUUUGGCUGAAGGAGAUUGGCUUCCUCGGGCACGUGGUUUCUGGAUCGGGAAUUGCUGUUGACAACAAGAAGAUAGAAGCCAUUACCGAAUGGGAGAGGCCAAAGAACGUCAAGGAAAUUCGUAGUUUCCUUGGAUUGGCAGGCUACUAUAGGAAGUUUGUGGAAAAGUUCUCUGUUUUGGCAUCACCAUUGACGAAGCUCACUCGUAAAGGGGCUAAGUUUGUAUGGGAUGACAAAUGUGAGAAGGGGUUCAUGGAACUAAAGAAGCGAUUGACCGAGGCACCGGUACUUGCAUUACCCAAACAGGGUGUGGGGUACGAUGUCUAUAGCGAUGCCAGCAUCCAAGGGCUUGGAUGUGUACUGAUGCAGAAUGGGAGGGUAAUCGCCUAUGCUUCACGACAGUUGAAGAAGCAUGAGGUGAAUUAUCCUACUCAUGAUUUGGAGCUGGGGGCAGUGGUGUUUGCACUGAAGAUAUGGAGACAUUAUCUCUACGGGGAGACAUGUCACAUAUACACUGAUCACAAAAGCUUGAAAUACGUGUUUACUCAGAAAGAGCUAAACAUGAGACAGAGACGGUGGAUGGAGUUGAUAAAAGACUACCAUCUAGUGAUAGAGUAUCACCCCGGCAAGGCAAACGUGGUAGCAGAUGCUUUGAGCCGGAAGAGCUCGUCUGGGGCAUUGCUAGCUAAUUUGAGGGCAUUAAGAGCCCAACUGGAGGUAUCCAGCGAUGGUCCCUUAUUGGCACGAUUUGAGGUGAGACCUACGUUACUUGAUGAGAUCAAGAAGGGUCAGGAAACAGACGAAAAAAUUAUGAAGAUCCGGGAACGCAUAGAAGCAGGACCGGUGGAGGACUUCAGAGAAAGAGAUGACGGUCUUCUAUUAUUUCGUGACCGAGUGUGUGUACCGGCAGAUGAUGAGCUCCGAAGGUCCAUCUUAGAGGAAGCUCAUUCAUCGGCUUAUGCCAUGCACCCGGGGGGCACGAAGAUGUACCGCGACUUGAAGGAGAGUUACUGGUGGUCGGGUAUGAAGAGAGAAAUAGCCGAAUAUAUCAGUCGAUGCCUUACUUGUCAACAAGUUAAGGCAGAACAUCAGCAUCCAGCAGGCUUAUUGCAACCACUUUCCAUUCCUGAAUGGAAGUGGGAACACGUGACUAUGGAUUUUGUGGUAGGUUUACCACGAACAAUCAGGAACUAUGAUGCAGUUUGGGUUGUGGUAGAUAGGCUCACGAAGAGUGCACACUUCUUGCCUAUCAACACUACCUACCCACUUGAGAGGUUAGCCAAAUUGUAUACGGAUGAGAUCGUGAGGCUGCAUGGGGUCCCGGUGACCAUUGUAUCUGAUAGAGACCCACGAUUCACAUCACGUUUUUGGCCGAAAUUCCAGGAGUCUAUGGGAACGAAGUUGAAGUUCAGCACUGCUUUCCAUCCACAGACGGAUGGGCAGUCUGAAAGGGUUAUACAGAUCCUAGAAGACAUGCUGAGGGCUUG